UGCCAUUGGCUGACAUUACAUCUUCGAGACACAGCGAGUUGACGAUCGAUCGAGAGAGAGUGGUGCAGUGUUCAAUGAUAGUCGGACGUCUCUGAUCGAAGUGUAUCGAGCCGCAAUGGCGGCACUCAGAGCUGGAGCGGCGAGGAGCGUGCAGAGGCUGACCAGGAGCAGCCUCGCACUGCCUCGUCCUGCUGCCAGACUACGACAGCCGACCCUCGCUACCACCUCAUAUCUCCACCACCGCCCGCGAUGCAUCUCUACCACGCGAUCAGCCCGUCUCGCCGCCGCCGUCGAGGCCUUUCCAUCGCAGCUGGAAAACACGCCUGCCGAUAUCCUGAGCAAGCCCGCUACGACUCCAACCACGCCACAAACAUUGACUGAGAAGAUUGUCCAGAGAUACUCGCAAGGCUUGCCCGACGGCAAGUUUGUGAAGGCUGGCGACUAUGUCACCCUUUCACCGCACCACUGCAUGACCCAUGACAAUUCAUGGCCUGUGGCGACCAAGUUCAUGAGCAUUGGGGCCACCAAGAUCCACGACAACAAGCAGGUGGUGAUGACAUUGGACCACGAUGUGCAGAACAAGAGCGCGAAGAACCUCGAAAAGUACGAGAAGAUCGAAUCGUUCGCAAAGAAGCAGGGUGUAGACUUCUAUCCCGCUGGACGCGGCAUUGGACACCAGAUUAUGGUCGAGGAGGGAUACGCCUGGCCGGGCACAAUGGCUGUCGCUAGUGACAGUCAUUCCAACAUGUACGGAGGCGUGGGAUGCCUCGGCACGCCAGUCGUGAGAACAGACGCUGCAAGUAUUUGGGCCACUGGCAGGACAUGGUGGCAGAUUCCUCCGAUCGCUAAGGUGACUUUGACUGGUAUUCUACCAGAAGGUGUCACCGGGAAGGACGUGAUCGUGGCACUGGCUGGACUUUUCAACAACGAUGAAGUCUUGAAUCAUGCUAUUGAGUUCACAGGAUCCACCAACACGAUGCGCAGCCUGCCUGUCGAUGACCGACUUGCCAUUGCCAACAUGACCACAGAAUGGGGUGCUCUUUCAGGACUCUUUCCGAUCGACGACGUGCUGAAGGGCUGGCUGAGAUACAAGGCAACGGAAGCGAGCAUGUACAGAGACCCAUCGGCAACGUCAAGUCUGACGACGGAUCGUUUCAAUCACGAAAGACUGGACGAACUAUUCGCGAACCCUCUGGCCGCUGACGCAGGAGCCACAUAUGCAAAGGAGCUCUUCCUGGACUUGUCGACUUUGUGCCCUUAUGUUGCUGGACCAAAUUCUGUGAAAGUUGCUACGCCGCUCAAUGAGCUCGAGGCUCAGAACAUUCCCGUAAACAAGGCUUACCUCGUGUCCUGCACGAACUCUCGACGAUCCGAUAUCGAAGCUGCUGCAAAGGUCUUCCGCGCAGCGACUGGUCCAGACGGAAAGGUGCCUAAAAUCGCAGAUGGGGUCAAAUUCUACAUCGCAGCAGCAUCACUUCCAGAGCAGAAGGCAGCUGAAGAGCAAGGCGACUGGCAGGUCUUGCUUGAUGCUGGCGCAGAACCUCUCCCAUCUGGCUGUGGACCUUGCAUCGGUCUUGGAACUGGUUUGCUUGAACCUGGUGAGGUCGGCAUCUCGGCCAGCAACCGCAACUUCAAGGGUCGCAUGGGCAGCACCGAUGCGAAGGCCUAUCUGGGAAGCCCUGAAGUGGUAGCUGCUAGUGCUUUGAGCGGAAAGCUGUCAGGUCCUGGUUGGUACCAAAAGCCUGAGGGCUGGUCAGGCGUACGCCGCGGCGAAGGCGACGGCGUUGCGGAGGAAGAACGCAUGAUCAGCAUCGAAGACGCGCUCGAUAAGCUGGUUCGAGAGGCUGAACAAGCGGUUCAAGAAGCUGAGCAAAGGUUUUCUGGCGCCCAAGCAGCGGACACAGCAGCUGCGCCUGAGGACUCGUCAUCUGGAUUGACUGAGAUCUUGCCUGGCUUCCCUGAGAAGGUGUCUGGCGAGAUCAUCUGGUGCGAUGGCGACAACAUCAACACAGACGGUAUCUACCCCGGCAAAUACACAUACGACGAUGCUUUCAGUGCCGACCCUGCAAAGAUGGCGACAGUCGUCAUGGAGAACUACGACAAGAACUUCGCCAAGAUCGCCAAAGCUGGCGACAUUCUCGUAACAGGCUUCAACUUUGGCUGCGGAUCGUCAAGAGAACAAGCUGCAACUGCCAUACUCGCUAAAGGCAUUCCUCUCACAGUUGCAGGCAGCUUCGGCAACAUCUUCCAGCGAAACUCAAUCAACAAUGCUCUCAUGGGCGUCGAAGUCCCCAAGCUCAUCGAGCGUCUCCGAGCUUCCUUCGGACAUGGCGCGUCCUCGACCGGCCAAGCAGGAAAGGCUGCAAUCACUGAGCCGAGCAAGAAUGCAGAGUCGCUAGACUCUCCGCCUCCAGCUCCUACUUCCAAGCCAGCGGAGAAGGAGCUUACAGUUCGCACAGGCUGGACAUUCACGUGGGAUGUGAGAAGGAGUCAGGUCGUGAUUCAGGAAGGUGAGGGAGGUCAGACCUGGACUCAGAAGGUCGGAGAGUUGCCACCGAAUGUGCAGGAUAUCAUUGCGAAGGGUGGUCUGGAGAAGUGGGUGCAAGCGCAGAUCACGAGUCAAUUGUGAGGGGGUGUUGAAGGAAGGAGAACAUGAUUUGAUACCCAAGAUCGAAAUUUAGAAAGUAACAAUUUCCCGCCUUCGGCGUGAAUUGUAGAAAAUGUAGUAUUAGCUCAAUGUACCAGUGAAGGAUUUGCGGUGAUUGAUUCUGAGAAGUUGAGUUCAUUGACUAGCUAUCGCCCAGAAUAAGUCGCAGCGCCAUACUACAAGGCC